AUGGACAAAGACGUGGUUGUGGUGUGCUCCCAGAAGGAAAGAGCAAACCUUAGCUGCAAAGACGGUUAUGUUUACGUGCUUGACAAGAAAGUAGUUUCUAGGCACCAUUGGAAGUACGAGAAGCGAGGCGAAUGCAACGCUAGAAUGAUCACCAAACUUCCUAUAGAAGGUACUCACAAGAUCAUCUCGAAGACAGGGACCCACGCAAGCCAUGCUCCGGAUACCUGCAAAGUUACAGUUCUUAGGACUCAAGAACGGAUCAAAGCUCUGGUGGCGGCCUCGGAUGAGGCACCCGUGAAGAUCGUGCAGCAGGUCAUGGUAGAUGUGGCAGCGUCGUCAAGGCAGUACCCUCCACGCAAUGAAGCCUUGCGCCAGAUUGUGAGAAGGAAGGGGAAAGCGGGCUGCUCACACGAGCCGUCUGCCGUGCAGGAGCUCAUCAUCGAGGGCGAGUUCAGGACAACUUUAGAUGGCCGGGAAGUUCUGCGAUGCACUGCCGCGUCGGCAGACUCCACCGUCUCGCCAGGAAGGCGACCGUCCACCCUGCGUCUACUCCGGAUUCCUCAGGGCUCGGCUAAGGUCUCAAUGGCCGACUGCGCCGAGCGGGGCGUUGGAGGCGUGCCGGCGGGCGUCCCCUUCUCGGGCCCCUCUUCUUGGAACGGCACUCGUGUCUACCCGGACGGCGUGGUGUGGGACGGGCCGCUGAUCCAGCGUGUGGCCACACUGUCUAUCAUCAUGCUCUUCACGCUGACCGGCAACUUGGCCAUCCUGGUGGUCCUGUCCAGGCCGCGCAUCGCCAAGAGGGCCUCCCGGGUGAACCUCUUCAUCUUCAACCUGGCGCUGGGGGACCUCGCCGUCUGCCUCUUCACGCAGUCAUCCGAAGUGCUGUUCGAGGUCUUCGGCAGCUGGGUGCUGGGCGGUGUGGCCUGCAAGGUCAUCGUGUACCUGCAGAUCGUGACCCUGGCCUCGACCACGUUCAUUCUGACCUCGAUGAGCUACGACCGGUACAUGGCCAUCUGCAAGCCCCUCGAGUCCAGGUCGGGCCUCAGGCGCGCCCGCUGCAUGGUCGCCGCCUCCUGGGCCAUGGCAUUCGUCUUUGCCACUCCGCAGCUCUUCAUCUUCCUUCAGGUCCAGACGGGCGUGACAGCAUCCGGUCUGCCCCACCUGGAAUGCCUGAGCGUGGGCUACACGCACCACUGGCAGCGGCAGCUCUACUUCAGCUGGCUCACGCUCUAUAUCCUGGUCGUGCCGGGCCUGCUCAUUUCCGUCUUCUACCUCAGCCUGCUGAGGGCCGUGUGGGCGGCCUCCGACGCCGUUGCCGCCACUCCGGCCAAGGACAGCGGCAACGUGGAGUCCACACUACGGCGCUGCACCCAGGCGCAACCCCUGCUGUCUCGUGCGCGAGCCAAGACGCUCAAACUGUCGAUCUGCAUCAUCGCCAGCUUCGUGCUCUGCUGGAUCCCGUACUUCGCCGUGCACAACGUCCGCAUCCACAGCCACUACUGCAUCAAGAUCCCCCGGGUCGUCAUCGUGUUCGCCGAGACACUGGCCCUGCUCAACAGCGCCGUCAACCCGGUCUUCUACGGCCUCUUCAACGUCCACAUCCGUCGCGGACUGCGAGAUAUCAUUCGAGCGUGCAGAAGACGCAGCAACUUUGGGACCGAGCGCGAGUCCACGAUGCGCAAGGGAGGCAACGCCUUCACCACGUCAACGUGUGCUCUCGAAGCGUCCUCGGGCGACUGCUGUACAGGACAGCCCUUGAAGGCCCUGGCCUCGAUCGGUGCGGGAAAGUUGAUCACUAACGGGAACAUAGCUGUCGUCUGAAAGUGGUUUAUUCGAAGCUCAAGACGACGCCACUAAGAUGUUGUUGGAUCAACCGGUCUCGUGAAACGUGCACCCACAUGCAUGAUGUCCGCGGAUGAAGAGCACGACCGGAGGAAGCCGUUUCCAUAUCAUAGUUUACGCUCAGGACCUGGAAUAAGCGGGCUUCGAAACAUGACCUGCAUUUGUGUGUGCCGACUCUUCUGCGAAUGUGUUUACGCUGACCUACUAGUAUGAAAGUAAGGCUACGGUUGACU